AAACCUCUCGCCUCUGAAGAAGGGCAAAGCAGCUAACGAGGAUUAAAUGAGAGAGACAAAGAGAAAGAGAGUCCCUAUGAGAAGCUUGAAAGAGGAAGAAGAAGACCUGCUGCUACCAGAUUCUGAUGAUUACGACGGGGAUGUAUUCUCCUUUCCUAGCGCCUUCUCUUUUGUUUCAUUGCUUGGAGCUUUUUUUUGUUCAUCUUUCUCGGUUUUGUGUAGAGUUUGUCCGGGUCUUUGCAUUCCGAUAUUUUAGAUCCCGAGGACUGGUUCAACAGAAGACGGAGAGAGAGAAUCAUCCGAGGACGAAGUCGAUGGUUCAACUGAUGGAUCCGUCCGUAUAUGGGAAGUGGAAACUGGUAGAUGUCUUAAGAUCUGGCAAUUUGAUGAAGCUAUUAAGUGUGUGGCUUGGAAUCCUCUCUCCGGCUUAUCAAUUUUAGCCGUUGCCAUGGGACGAGAUUUGGUUAUCCUGAACACUGAACUUGACACUGAUGAGGAACAGGAAUAUAUUAAAGAGCUGCUGCACUUAGGAAACGUUACAGAACCAAAAGCAUCCGCAAUUGCAAGAUGGCUUCCAGAUGAGAAAUACGGAGGGAUCAUGAUUAGACAUUUUAAGAACGUAUCGAGUAUUGACUGGCAUCGUAAGGGAGACUAUCUGUCGACAGUCAUGGCAUCCGGCGAAACGCGAGGUGUUGUAAUUCAUCAAAUCUCGAAAAAGCUUACACAAAAGCCCUUCAAGAUCCGUGGACUUCCACUGACUGCACUUUUUCAUCCCAGCCGUUCAUACUUCUUCAUCGCGACAAGAAAGAACGUGCGUGUUUACAAUCUGUUAAAGGUAGAUGAGCCGGUCAAAAAGCUCGAGACUGGAAUGAGGGAAAUCUCAUCACUGACGAUUCAUCCUGGUGGUGAUAAUCUGAUAGUAGGAAGUAAAGAAGGGAAGAUGUGUUGGUUUGACAUGGAUCUUUCUUCAAAGCCGUACAAGACUCUCAAGAAUCAUCCUAAGGACAUCACUAAUGUGGUGUUUCACCGUUCGUAUCCGCUGUUUGCUUCGUCCUCAGAGGACUCAACAGCUUAUGUGUUCCAUGGAAAGGUGUAUGAUGAUCUGAACGAGAAUCCUCUGAUUGUGCCGUUGGAGAUUCUAAGAGGCCAUUCUACUUCUUCAAAUGGUGGAGGAGUCUUGGACUGCAAGUUUCAUCCGAGACAACCAUGGCUAUUCACUGCAGGGGCUGACUCAAAUAUCAAACUCUAUUGCCACUAAAUUUACAAACCCUCUUUUUGACAUUUGCAAAAGUUGUUUCAAAUUGUGUUUUACUUUUUUCGGUGCAAGUGGUAAUGGGUGUUUAUUUGUGUCUAGAAUCUAGAUCUCUGACUUAUUAUGAAAUAUAGCGAAUUUAUUUGUGUUUUUUUCCAAAA